UGAAAUACGCAACUUUAAUUUGAAGGAGUGCAUUGAUUGUAAGGAAGAAAACAUUUACUGGGAACAAGCAUUCCCAAGUUUAGGAGAGACUCGUUGGUACCUGUAGAACCCAUUUUCAUUCAAAUAUCUUGAGAUGAGAGUUUAAGGGACCCCUUUGAAAGUGGCCAUUUCAGUUGCCAAAAUUUAGCCUAACCUUGGAAAGUUAUUUAGCCACCUUUCGGACAAGCUAUGAUGACAUGGUUGGUACCAGUGAAUGCCUUAGGUUGUCUAGUUUCACAAGAUACCACUACCUUCUAGCUUAAAAAAUGAGCACACCACAACCUCUUAAAGACAGUACUAUUGGCCUACAUUAGUUUGGGGGGCAGUAGGGAAGCACCUGGGGGCACCACUGUAAAGCACCUGAGAAGCAGAACUCUAAAUUUACCUUGGCUAUGCGGAUAUUAAUAUGGCAGCUCAUUAUUUAGCAGUUUCAUUCAUUUUCAGUGCUUCCAAAUCCAGGACCUUGUUUAUCUAAAUUGUCUGCUGGAUUUGGAAGCAAAAGUUUCUCUGAAGUUGUAAACCCAAACUUUGUGUCCCACUGCUCCUCUAUCUGUCUUAGACAAAACAAAGCAUGAAUUAGACUUCCACGAGCCAAUAAGGCUAUGGCACAGCUGCAUUUUCACUUUUUUUUAGCACUGCUGGCUGAAUGGGAGCUACAGAUUGGAGGGGAGUCGAAGCUCCUCCUCCUGGCAUGUCUGUAUGGACAGACACAUUGUACCUUUGGGUGUCAGGCCUGUUACAUGGGCAUUAGCUGUGCAGCAAACUAAGAGGAACUUUAUUUGAAAACUUGUCUAUGUAGACGAAGUCCAGCAUGCAAUUUCUCUCCCAGCAUAUCCCAGCAGCUUGGUGGGGCGCACACCUGGCUUGUGUAUUCAUCAUGAUCACCUUCUCUGGACCAGCUUCACCCCUUCACGCCCCUCCAGUGGCCACAGGUCUCCGCUCUGCUUUCUCCGCCACACAAACCAACAGUGUAGUGGGAGGCAAGCAGAAGGCCGUGACCUUCAACAGGCUCAUGGUCAACAUCGGAGGGGAUUUCAGUCCAGACACCGGUCACUUCCGCUGCCGCAUCCCUGGGGCUUACUACUUCUCCUUCUCUGUGGGGAAAUUUCCAAAGAAAAUGCUCUCUGUGAUACUGGUGAAGAAUGGAGAGGAGGUGCAGGCUAUAGCGUACGAUGACUACAGAAAGAAAGGGAGGAAAGUUCAAAGCCAAAGCGUCAUGAUCAGUCUGAAGGAGAUGGACACAGUGUGGCUGCUUCUACAGCAGAGUCCUCAGUAUGCUCUGUACAGCAAUGCUGGCCCUUACAUCAGUUUCUCUGGCUACCUCGUCUAUCCUGACGUCUCCCCAACCGGCUUCAUCAGCAACCACCUGUCCCCAUCAGGGCUGUCCUAUCCAAACUGCCCCCCUCAGGCUGACCCCUCGGCCAGAGGUCAGACGUCAGAGCAGCCACGGUCUGCCUUCUCUGUGGCGCGGACCUCCACAUUCAUAGGUCAGAGUAUUAGGCAACAGGAGAAGCCACCUCUGACCUUUGAUGUGGAAUACGUUAACAUCGGGGGGCAUUUCAACAAAACCUCAGGCCUGUUCACCUGCCACUUCCCGGGAGCUUACUUCUUCGCCUUCACUGUGGGGAAACACCCUCGUAAGGCUGUGUCUGUGAAGCUGAUGACCGGGAAGGGCGAGGUGCAGGCGAUGGUGUUCGAUGAGGACACUUCAAAGAGAAGAGAGAUGCAAAGUCAGAGCUUGCUGCUGGCUCUCCGCCGCGGCGACAAAGUGUGGCUGUACAGUCAGCAGGAUGAGCGUUACGCUGUCUACAGCAACCAGGGGAGGUACACCACCUUUUCUGGUUUCCUGGUUUAUCAUGAAGCAGAAACAGUCAGCUCUGAAUCUAUUAAACCUUCAUAACCCCAUCUGUUGUUAUUGUAGAAAAUCUGUAGAUCAUUUCUAUGUUGAUGGAGCAGAAGAAUAAUUAAUCUGUGGUCAGUAUAGUGUAACUACUUAAUACAUUUUCUUUACAGUAACUCCAGGGAUAUUUGUUGCCGAAUGACUCCACAAGAUGGUGCUAUGAUACAGUUAUUGACACUAACAACAUGUAACGUGGUUAUUUCUGUCCUUUAAGUGCAAUUAGCUGUAAAACAUUACAAAAAAUGUGUCUAUAUAACAACUUGUAGAUUAAAUGGCAAAUUUGGGUUUUGUUAAAAGAUAAAUUUACUUUUAAAAUUCUUUGUACUUAGAUGUUACAAAAAGCUUUUUUUUUUUACAUGUAAAAAUGAUGACUGCAUGGCAUGGAAUACUAUGUAAAUGAUGUAUAGUUUAUUAAAACCUACUGACUGUAAAAAUAAAAUUUAGAAUACAUCAUGGUCAUGUAGUGAUGAUAGGCUUAUUGUGUAACUUUUAUACUGUAGAUAUAUCUGUAUCUGUUUGAUGUUUUACAUGCGUUUCAAUAGAAAAAUAAACAAAUUCAUACACUUAAAUAAAUUUAAAAGGUGUUGUGUCUCCUAAUGUUAAUAUGAUGCAGCCUGUUGCAUUGAGUACAAACUCACUGUCAUUUAAAUGUAUGUUGUCUGCACAAACGUUGAUCCUCACUACAACUAUUACUACUACUACUGCUGCCACUAUUAAAUGCUCUGCUACAGUGUCUCUCCUACUGUACGCAGUAGCACCUGUAUUAGCACCUAGCCUCCUGAUACAUUUGCCGCCCACCCUGGCAAAAAUGAUUGAGGCUGAGGCUGUGGUACUUGCGCACACACUGGUGGUAUCUUGUGAAACUAGACGACCUAAGGCAUCAGUUCUAACCAUGUUGAUACAGCAUGUCGGGAAGGGGCAAAAUAAUGUUCCAAAUUUAGGCUAAAUUUUGGUGAAGGAACAACUGGCAUGUCCAUUUUCAAAGGGGUCUCUUGAGCUUUCACCUCAUCUGAAUGAAAAUGGGUUCUAUGGAUACUCAAGAGUCUCACCUAAACUUGUUUUCUCCCUUACAAUCAAUGUACUCCUUCAAAUUAAAGUUGUACAUUUGUCUUUUUAAGGAAAAGGACAACCAGCCCAUCUGAUGAACCAUGAAUUGCCUAAAAUGUAUAGAUACGUUGAAAUAUUAACUAAACUGAUAUUAGUCCAUGCACAUCAGAUAAUUAGUGAUAUUAACUGUAAAAUAAGAAACCAAAAAAUAUAUAUGUGUGCACUUCCUUCACUUUCCAUAUUGACAAAGUUUUCAACUAGCCUAUGUACCUCAAAAGCAUAAGCAAAUUCCUGAAAUUUACUCAUGGUAUUUGGUUUUGGUGUGCCAGUCCAAGGUUUUCAGUGGUCCCAUCUGCCCACCCCACUGGUAGCUGUGAUGCAUAAACUGUAUUCUGAUACAAUGGUAAAAACAAAAUUGUUGGGGAGGAUUAAAUGACACCUGUAGGAAAAGCAUUCAGUUUUUUCAUUAAGUAAAAAUACUCCAUAAGAGACCAGUUAUACUUGGGUGAAAAUUAAUAUUAGCUCUAAAAUAAUCUUAAGAUUCCCAAACAAAUGGACGUUCUCACUCUCCUCUUUAAAUUCUUUAAUUAUGUGUGCGUAUUAAAUUGUUUUAACCAAUACUUGUUGUAAAAUUGCUGCUAUUAUAUUAAUAUAAUUAUACAUAAAGUACAUAACUGCAACACAUUUACAUAACGUGAAUAUUUUGUUCCUUACAAUCAAUGCACUCCUUCAAAUUAAAGCUGUAUAUUAAAACGGGAUUGAUGUGGAUCUUUACUUGCAUUGAUCAAGUUUUCAACUAGCCUAUAUACUUCAAAAGCAUAAGCAAAUUGCUGAAAUUUACUCUUGGCUUUUGGUUUUGGUGUGCCAUCCCAAGAUUUUCAAGUGGCCCCAUCUGGCAACCCCUAUGAAACAUUUCUGGGGGCACCACUGAUUACGCCUACCACAAUUAACAACAACUACAGCAAUAGCAGAGGUAUACCAACAAAGACAGACACAUAUAGAGAAAGAGCUUCAUGAAAAAGAGAAAAUGGAGGAACCUAACAUUAAAAAUUCAAACCAAUUAACAACUGUAAUGGUAUCAAAAUAGUCCACAAUGGCAUUAAAUAUUCCUUAAUCAUAUAAAACUGGCCAAAACGUAUAAAAAUACAUCCUGUGGUCUAUCUAACAGAGGACCAUAUUUCAUCUGGGAGACUCUCAGGCAUUAACAUUUUAAUCUUCAGUCAAUGUUUUCAGUUCAUUGUGAUAUU